CUUUUUUUUUUUUUUUUUUUUUUUUUUUUUUUUACAAUGGGACUAUUUGACGCCCUAAGAGAUUUUAGUUUAUUGACGUGGCUAAGAGAAGAAAGACAGUCUCGGAGGCUCAUUCUGUUGAUCGUUUUUAUAGCUUUGCUCUUGGACAACAUGCUUUUGACAGUGGUCGUGCCUAUUAUUCCCAGCUACCUGUACUCAGUGGACGACGAGGCAUCCCAGGCAGCCCAGAAUCAUUCCAUCUCCUCUCUUUCCCCAUCCGGCACCUUUCAGAGCAUUGUGUCUUUGUAUGAUAACUCUACAUGUCUGACCGGCCUCAGUCCCCAGAUGAGCAUGGCUGGCUCACUGACCCCGGCCCCUCCUUCUGCAACCCCCCCUCAAAACCAUUCUGAUUGCCCCAAAGCAGACAAGCAGCUUCUAAAUGAGAAUGUGAAAGUGGGUCUGUUGUUUGCCUCAAAAGCAACAGUACAGCUCAUCACUAACCCCUUCAUAGGACCCCUCACCAACAGAAUAGGCUAUCAGAUCCCAAUGUUUGCUGGUUUCUGCAUCAUGUUUGCUUCUACCAUCAUGUUUGCAUUUUCAUCGAGCUAUACGUUGCUGUUUUUGGCCAGAUCUCUACAGGGUGUUGGCUCGUCCUGUUCUUCUGUGGCAGGUAUGGGGAUGCUGGCGAGCGUUUACACAGAUGAUGAAGAAAGAGGAAAUGCUAUAGGAAUUGCCCUGGGAGGACUAGCCAUGGGAGUUUUGGUUGGCCCUCCAUUUGGCAGUGUCAUGUAUGAGUUUGUCGAUAAGACGGCUCCUUUCCUUAUCCUGGCAGUGCUUGCUGUGCUUGAUGGAGCUCUGCAGUUGUUUGUGCUUCAGCCUUCAAAGGUUGAACCAGAAAGCCAGAAAGGGACUGCACUAAUGACUCUCAUGAGAGAUCCAUACAUCCUCAUUGCAGCAGGUUCCAUUUGUUUUGCUAACAUGGCCAUUGCAAUGCUGGAGCCAGCUCUGCCCAUCUGGAUGAUGGAGACAAUGUGCCCCAGGAAAUGGCAGCUAGGGGUUGCAUUCGUGCCAGCCAGUGUCUCGUAUCUUAUAGGGACCAACAUCUUUGCCAUUCUGGCUCACAAAAUGGGGAGAUGGCUGUGCUCACUUAUAGGGAUGCUGCUGGUUGGCUUCAGCAUUCUUUGUGUACCUCUUGCAAAAGAUAUAUACGGACUCAUUGUGCCAAACUUUGGAGUUGGAUUUGCAAUUGGUAUGGUGGACUCUUCGAUGAUGCCGAUUAUGGGCUAUCUAGUAGAUCUGAGACACGUAUCUGUGUAUGGUAGUGUGUAUGCCAUUGCUGACGUUGCCUUCUGCAUGGGCUUUGCUUUAGGACCAUCAGCAGGUGGAGCGAUCGCUCGGAGCCUCGGCUUCCCUUGGCUCAUGACCAUCAUUGGUGUGGUGGACAUCCUGUUUGCUCCUCUCUGUUUCUUCCUGCGAAAUCCUCCCGCCAAUGAGGAAAAGAUGGCCAUUUUGAUGGACUCUAACUGCUCGAUGAGGACACGUUCCUACUCCACUCAGGGCUCCAGCUACCAGAUGGGUGAAGAUCUGGAUCCAGAGAGCCCUGAAUAGGCCUCAUCACUGUCCUCGGCCAUGUAUGUCACCCAGAGUAUCUAUUUUGUUGUAUGAAAGAGCAAAAUGACAGACUUCAAAAAAACCAUAAUGCUGAUUUGUGAGAGUGUCCCAUAUCUGUCCCACGCUGUCCUGUGGUCGUGAUGGUUCAACUGAAGCAAACCAAAGUUGUUCUUGUUGCUGUUUGUUCUCAUUGUUGGAGAGGUGAAAUAUAUAACCAACAGCCUUAUCAAUAUGGAUAACACUUGCAUGUGAUUUAGACGCAGUGUUUGAGAGAGGAUAAAGGGGAAACAUACACAUUUAUCCAGUAUAACAAUGUUCAUAUUUUCUAAUCAAAAGUCACUUCUAGGUGCACAGGUCAGAAAAAGGGCAGUUGAUAAGAUAAACAAUGUAGGAUUCAGAUAUUAAUUGGUUUCAUUCAAUAUGACUUAGUGGACAGAUAUGUAUUGGAUAUUUAAUGUAUGUCUGUGGUGGUAGGAAAAAGUGUGGUCUACAUAUACAUAUCUAUUGGUCCUGUUGAAGUCUUUUCAUAGGCAUAAAUGUCAGUUAAGGUGCAUUUGAGUUAGAUGGAUCACAACUCACCUUGAAAUGGGCCUUAAAAUGUUUUCAUCUAUAUCAUAAUCAGGUGUGAAUUAACAGCGUUAAUUGUUAUAUGAAUUGUUAAAUGAAGGACAUUUAAGACAAAUUACUUACAAGACAUUUACACAAAUUAUUUGAUUGCAUUGAUGCUUUUGUUUCAAUUUUGAGCAGAUAAACUGAGAUGUUGAUUUUGUUAUCUUGCAUUGGUGUGCAGGACCUAAGCUUAACACAUUCAAAAAUAUAGGCUACAUGUUUUUUUUUUUUUUUUGUGAAAAUGCAAAAGGUGUGACGGCAUUAGAUAAUCAAGCAGAGUUUCAUGUAUCAAUAAGUCUUACUGUCUUUGGAAAUCUGUUCUAUAUGUGUGACUUGUGUGGUGUGAACUGAACAUAAUGUACUGUACUAUUAACAAUGAGCCACACCUACAUUUUGAUUAUACAUGGUGACAAACGUUCACUUUUGUUAAAUGAAGUAAAUUAUUACUGUAAAGCAUUCAGAUACCUUAGGCACUUUAGAUUAUAUUUUGCUUUUAAAGUGUAUAUAGUAUAUAUCUAUAUUUUAGUAAGUUAUUUGAAUGUGCUGGAAUGCUAAUAUCUUUAUUUGUAAAGGAUGCCUCAAUAUUGCUCUUUCCCAUUGUCAUUUUCAUGUAUUUUUUUUCUGUAAUUUUGCUUCUAGCAAAUGUGUUAUCAUUGAUUGUUUGGCUGUAAAAUGAAUCAUGGCCUUUAAGGAGUAUUCCAGGUUCAAUACAAGUUAAGCUCAAUCAACAGCAUUUGUGGCAUAAUAUUGAUUACCACAAAAAUUAUUUUGACUCAACCCUCCUUUUCUUUAAAAUAAUUAAAAAAGCAAAAAUCGAGGUUACAGUGAGAGACUUACAAUGCAAGUGAAUUGGGCCAAUGUUUGGACGGUUUAAAGGCAGAAAUGUGAAGCUUAUAAUUUUAUAAACUAUUAGCUUAUAUUAAUUCUUCUGUGAAAAUCUGUGUAUUAUUUGAGCUGUAAAUCGUUAUUUUAGGGUUUACAGUGUAACGUAGUCAUGGCAACGAAGUUGUAUAUAACUUACAACACAGAAAGGGUUAGUAAGUGAUUUUAUUACACUAAGAUCAUGUAACAUACAUAUUGUUUAUGUCUUGUGGCUAUACUUUUGAAACAGUGAGUAUUUUAACAUUUACAGAUUGGCCCCAUUCACUUCCAUUAUAAGUGCUUCUCUGGAACCCAGAUUAUUGCAUUAUUAACCUCCUGAGACCCUAGCAUGACUGUUGUGUGCAUUUACCAUUUCCCUUUUUGAUUUGUAACUAGUAGCACCUAAUAAACUGAUUUUCUAUAAAGCUGAAUAAAUAAUUAUUAUCCAAAGUAAUGUCCAGCAUCAUCCAGUCACUGCCAACCAUGUUAAAAUAAAAUUAUACAUUAUAAAUUCUGAAUCUAUGUACUGAUUACCAUUGUCCCGUGUCUGCCAAACAUGUUUAGUGGUCCAAACAUCAUCUGCAGCCUGAAACUGAACUUUUGACUGGAUUUUAGGACUGAAUGCACUUAGCUGCACAAGUUAUAGGAUUCUCCCUUGCUCCCUAUUUAGUGAAUGACUUAACCUCCAGUGUGUUGUCUGUCUUCACUGGUCUCAGAACAGUUUGAAAUGCAUCUUAUUUUCAUCUUAACUCCAUAUAAAGCUUCUAAAAGCAAUAUUUUUCAGCUUUUGGAUGAAUCCAUUUAUUCUCAAUGUGAGAAUGCCUAGUAAACAUAUAGGAAUGCAUUAACUAAUGUUAAUGAAUAGAAUCCUAUUGCGCAUUGAUAACAAAAUAUAACAAAACGUAUAUUAAAAUGAAGCAAAAUGACCCACAGAUGUGUUAGAGUUUAAAAGUUAUUCAAAAUAACUAACAUGUUUUUUUUCUACUUUUGAGGAAAUGUGGUUCGAGUUUCCACAUGUGUGCUGACACGUGAAAAAUGAACAGAUUUUUUAAUGUGGUAUAUCAAAUGAAACUAGAGACUCUUCUUUUUACAAACAAACAGGUUUCAAUGAAAAAAACGUAGAUUUCUUACAAGAGGCACAUUUGUUGGCGCUGCAUCCAUAAGAGCGCUUCCAUGAAAUCAACGGCAUGCUGUUGUGUCACGUGACUCGGUGCGGCAGAUGUUAACCCUUCAAAUGACAGUCUAGAGUCUUCAGUCAAUUUUAUUCAUUUAAAUUAUGCAUUGCGUAUAGCGGCACAAGGUUAAAGUAAAGGAGAGACAAGUUGAAAUUAGUUUUAGUAGUAAUCAACAUUGUGCCACAAAUGCUGUCAAUUGAGCUUAACUUGUAUUGAACACGGAACAUUCUUUUAAACUGAGCUCCUAAAAUGGUCAUAAAACCCUAAAUGCUUAAAACCAUAUAAAAUGACUAGGGUUUUAUCAAGACUAAGCCUUGUAUUUAUUUAUUGUCGAAGGGACAUGUUAUCAGAGGUCUGUAUGGGUCUGUUUUCUUCAACCAUCUUUUUUGUCUUGUAAAGAUGCAUUCUAUGCCUUAAAAAUUAGACAAAACUGCUGCAAACACUAUUUAAUGGCAAGUAUUAGGUAUAUACUGUUUGUACACUGUUUUUGACCCAAAAAUAAUGCUAUUGUACCAAGGGCCCCAAUUUUAAUAUGCUAACAAGAAAAGUUCCAAGUAAACCUUAUAUUAAAAACUUCAGACAGCUUCUUAACUCUUCUUAAUCUUUUAUUAGCAUGUUCUAAUCUAAACAAGCAUUUUUAAGCUUGCUAAAUACAAACAGAUUGGCAAUAUGACUCUUUGCUGGAAAUUCUCUGAUUCUUACAGCUAAUAUAGUGAGGAAAUAGGUCUUCAGUAUUGUUUGAUGCUCUUUUAUUUCCUGGUAUGUAAUUACUGAGGAAAACAUGUUUUCUUCUGGAGCUAGAAUCAGUUUAACACAACAAUUUCGACCAUAACUAGGCUUUGAGGAAAAUCAUGUUGGCUCAGCUUUAAGGAUCUGGACAACUUAGCUUGUUUGUGUUAGAUAUGAGAGAUGGGGCCCUUACGCUCAGUCCUCUGUCCUUAGAAUUGUAAUCAUGGACAGACCAACUGUGCAUGAGGCUGCAAACUGCACAGGUUUUUCUCCUUAAUUUUCUGAAACAAAUCCACAGAUUUGAAUAUAAACACAAGCAUAAUAACCUGCCCUACACAACUGAACCAGCUAAUCAAUGUACAAAUUUACACAUAGGUUACAGAGUAUAUUUGGAGGUUAAUUUCUAAGCAAGACUGAGCACACCAAGCUUGAUCAGAUUGGUAAAUGUGUUGCCAGUGUUUGCCAGGUUACAGAGUUGCAGCAGUUUCCUUUAACCUUCUAUGUUGUUUCCUAAACUGUUCACCCAAUAAAGGUUAAGAGUAUUAUGUAAUUUAUUAAAAUUUGUGUGUAUAUAUAUAUAUAUAUAUAUAUAUAUAUAUAUAUAUAUAUAUAUAUAUAAAAGUGUAUGUGCCGAUGUCAGUGUGUGCCUUUAGACUGGUAUGUCUUUUGUUUGUGCUUUAACUAUAUUAACUUUAAAAUUGCAGUAAGAGUUGUGUAUACGGUUUAUAUCCAGUGUUUGGUCUGGUGGUCAGGUUUUACGUCAUCUUAAAAGCUGUGAGGAUGUGUGUGUGACAGAAUGGAAAAUAAAUGUUUAAUAAGACUUAACAUUUGUGUUUCCAAAAUUAUCUUAAUCAUUUUGUGAACGAAGCAGGGUCUAU